AUGAAGCUUGUCUCUACUCUCGUCACCGGUGCCUUUGCCUUGGCUGUCUCUGUCCAGGCAGGAGACUGCACUGCUGGAAUGAAUUACUGCGCAGAUGUUUUGGAAGAUAUCAAUUACCAGAAAUACUCCAGUCAGAUCCUGGCUGCCAAAUACUCUAGUGUGGGCAGUGGCGCCGUCGAUGUUGUGAAUUAUCUUAAUCCGCUCAGUCCGGCUGGAUUCCUGUUUCACUGUGAGGCCAAUGGCGAUAUCACUCUCCAGGAAAUUUGUGCAGUUGGUUGUGUUAAUGCGGGCGCUGGGAACAACGAUUACUGCAGAUGGGGGGUGUGA